UCUUAUUUAUUGCCGACUAAUUUUCUUUUUGAGCAGUGUGCUCCUUACAUUCUCCUUGCUUUGAAAAGCUGGACUUGCACUCCUUUCGUUUUUAUUUAGCGCGCUGCAUACACCUACCUAAGCCAUCUCGCCGCCGGCGGAAUCGAGGUGCAAGUGUACUACUACUUCUUUCUCGCUAUCCCUUCCCCUCCCUUUUCCUUCAUACAUUUGGUGUUUUUUGUUUUAGAAAAAUAAUUUGGCGCAGCGGACAAUUACUGCAAUUCCAAAAGCUCUCAUUAAUUACUUCAAGCUAGCUUUUCAAUUCCAACUACUUUGCCACUAGACGUUGCACUGUAUUUUUCUUAGUAUUUUAAACUCUUGUUUUGGUUGUAAAACUAAAUUAUACGUAUCUUUUUUGUGAGGAUUCCAUUAAAUUGCGUGUGUUAUUAGUGAUUGUUCGAAUUCCAUUGAAGGAUGUAGCAUUUCCUUCUCAUGUAUGUCCAUCGCCCUAUAUUUUUUUGUGUUCAAAAUACUCCUUUCUCAUAUAUAACUUUGUCUAUAUAGAAAACAUUAAGUGAUUUCUUUUCAUCUGCCUAAGCCUUGGGGCAAGUUACCUGGUAUGUGUACUGGUGGGAGGUAUCAUGUAUCCAGUGAAAUAGUUGAGUUGCACGCAAAUUGGCCAAGUCGCCGUCAUUAAAAAAGGUUCCUUUGUUGCCUCUUCAUUUCAAGUUCAGAAGAGAAUCUAUUUGCUGUAGUUGAACUGUAACAACAACAAUAACAAAAGAAACCUAGUAUAGUCCCACAAGUGGGGUCUGGGGAGGAUAGUGUGUACGCAGACCUUACCCCUACCUUGAAGGUAGUGUGCACAGACCUACCUUGCAGUUCAACUGCAAUGCUUGUUAAUUUGUAAAACAUAUCCAGAUAAAAUACAGACUACAUUAUACUUCAGAUGGAAGGAGGUAAAUAUGAUUCAUGUUUUUCCUUCGGAUUAGAUCUGUGAUUUGGCACUUCGGAGUAUCAAUUGUUCUGUACUUUUGAGUUCUAUACUUGCAGAUAAUGGGAAAUGCAUUUUUAUAGCUGAAAAGCUACUUCAGGUUGCUACUAUUUGCACUUAAAGCUCUACACUUACAGGUUUAUAUUAUGUACUUAAAGUCCUACAGGUUUAUAUUAACUCCAGAACACAAGAGAGACUUGCUGCAUUAUUAGCUGUUCCAAAUUGUGUUUAAAUUGCUAAAGUCCAACGUUAAUCUGAACCUGGUGCUUAAAGAUGAAUUGCAGUGAGAAUAAGUAGUCCAAUGUUGAUUUUCACACACAAGAUGAGGCAGAAAUGCUGCUUAAUGAGAUUGAAUUGAUGAUAAAGAAUGUUGAGGACUCUAAAUUGUAUGCUGGAAUGCUUUUCGAGCUCGAACGGAAUGAAACAAUUCAAAAUCAUUUGUUUCCCCUUUUAGGCCCCCAUUCACACGUGCAGAUAGAAGUGUACGAUCCUGGCUUUUCUUCAGCUGAUAUCAUAGUUUUGAAGGAACGGGGUUUUGAGGUUUUGAACAUUGAUGAAAAUUGUAAGAGGCAAGUUCAGAGACCAACAAUGUUCUACAUGCCUGUUCCUAGUUAUUGUCUUAUAGGCAACCUGCUGGGAGCGAACUGGUCUUCGUCUUGUAUUAACCAGAUUUUUCUGCUGACAAACUCAUUUCGUGAUGCGUUGACCACUAUUUCACCAUGUAGUUUGAAUAGAGAAACAGUGCAACGCCUGGAGAGAAUUAUCCCCUUCACAACAGAGGUUGACAUAAAAACUAGCUACUCAGAGAUCUAUACUAACGUGUUCUCAAAAUUUGCCUGGCAUUUCUUUGAUGUGGAUCCCAACAUUGACAUGGAAACUUCACUGCCUGUGACUGAAAUUAUAGCAUAUAAAAGAAAUGACAAAGAAGAUUGUUCUUGGUUGGAUAUGCAAAGGUCUCUUGAAGAAAAUAUUUUGGAAGAUAUGCAAAUCGAUAUAAGCAGCGAGAUAUGGGCUCAAUUUUUUGGUGAAUAUCGUGGGCCUCGUCGUUUAAGAUGCAACUCCGUUCCUCCCCCUCCAGGUUGGAUUAAGCUAAACAUCUAUGGGAUUGGUAAAGCUGGUGAUCAGCAAGGACGAUAUAGUGGCGUCUUCCAAGAUGAAACUGGAAUGCUUUUAGGCAGCUACAGUGGUACCGUUCAUGUUGAAGACAAUGUGAUUGCUGGACUGGAGGCCUUGAGGGAGGGGUUAGUCAAAAGCGUGGAAGGAAAUACUAAUGCACAGAAGUUGAUUGUGGAGUCGGAUAAUGUUAUACUUGUCCAAUAUGUUAAUGGUCACCCUGAGCCAAAUGAAAUGACCAUGUGCAGGUUGAAAGAAAUUUUUGACUUGCUGGAGCGUAUAACUUGAGCAGUUUACCAUGUCUAUGGAGAAGCCAAUGAAGCUGCUAGAGACUUGGCUCUGAGAGAUGACCGUCACAAUCGUGCAUAGAUAGCUUUGUUUUUGGCUCAAGGAUAGGGUGAGGCUUUUUAGGUUCAACUAUCCAGGUUUCAAAUGCAAUUUGCAUUCUAUGUAAAGUGAUGUUGCAGCAGACAUGGAUCCUGACAGUAUGCAGUACACAUCACACCGACUUCUCAUUACUAUUUUUUUUGUUUGUCAAAUGAUGAUGAAUGCAACAUUUGAAAAGCAAAAAAGAAAAAAGAGAAAAACAAAUGCAUUCCUGAGGACUAUAUGCUUACUAAUUUGUGCAAACUGAAGCAAUUUUUGUGAUCUAUUUUAAUGUUCAUUGAAUGUAUUUAGUCGUC